AUGCCUUCAUUUGCUACUAAAUUUAGGUUAGCUGGAAACAAUCAGGAGAUAGAUCCCUCUGAAAUCGCCAAAAAACUGAGACAAGAUAUGAUAGCCAGUCUUUCGUUGCCAAACCCAGUUGACAAUUUAGACAAACUAAUUCAGAAGUCAAUUCCCCUUCAGGAAAUGUUCAGUCUCAAUUUUCGGGACAAAUUCGGCUACACGCUACUUGGAAAUGCAGUUAAAUUAUUCGCACUUCCCGUGAUACAAUAUCUGGUGCUCAAAAGACAAUUCAUCAUUAAGGAAGAGCUUAUUAUUGCAGUGGACGUUGACUACAGAGCAGCCAUUGAAUUUUUUCUCUCUGUGGACCCAGAACUUGUCGACCGACCAGUGUUGACUGGUACGGUCUACCGCCCUGGGCUAUCUCCUGUUAUGGUGGCCGCACUACGAGAAAACGAGACGAUGUUAAAAUUCUUGUUCUCCCGAGGAGCACAACACCUAGACAUUCCAAAUUACGACCCGCGAGAGCCCAGAAACAUUAUAAGAUUCGACGCUAUCUGUCAAACUCUUCUUGCCCUCUCCAACCCCAUGUAUUUGUGUAUCAUGAAUGAGGAUCCGAUAAUGGUUGCGUUUAAAAUCUCCGAAAGAUGUCAACAAAUCUCAUCUAGCUUAACCGUUGCCGCAACAGACAUGCAGAUAGUCAAGGAGAGCUGUGAAAAAUUUGCUGCCGAAUUCAUCAGUAACAUUGCCACAUUUGAUGAACUCAUGUUGGUAAUGAACCAAAUGACGACUUUGGACCACAACAUUGUGGCUCCUGGCGAACCCUGGGAGCGGCUGAAGUACGCAAUAUCCAACAAGCAUACAGAAUUUGUAGCAAAUGGAAGCAUCCAGAAACUAAUGAAAAAGAAAUUCUACGAAGGGCCCAUUGCUCUGCAGGACUUCGAAUCCUCCAACAUUGCCAAGAAGGCGGCGUACCUUCUAGUACUAGUUCUUCUGACACCUGCGUGGAUUUUCUUUUACCUUUUCGUGCCAGCAACUACUUCCCCCACUGCUGUUUUGGAAAGCUUUUCAGUUAUGGUAGCUGUGUUUUCAACUUCGCUUUCCAUGUAA